CUUCUAUUUAGAUAUGAUAAAGUUGGACAUGUUAAAGCUGACAGUGAUUCUCAUGGCACUGCCUUGUGUAAUCACAAUCUCCAUCAUAAAUUGGAGUCCAGAAACAUUAGAUCACACCCUUCUCCAAGAUUCUGCAUUCAAUUUUGGGAUACCUCAUCUGAUUGGCGAGGAUGUCCAACUUCUUCUUCAAGACGUGGAGGAUGAAGAUAUAAUUGUACUUUACGGAGGUCAGCGGCUGACGCUACUCAACAGUAACCAAGUUGCUGUCGAGAAGGGCCAGAUAAUUACUGCUGGAUCCAAUGUGUGUACAAGUUCCUGUGAUAAGUACGAUGGUCAGCUCAAGAAGGGGAAGUUUCCCUAUCUUGAUAGCUCUAUAGUACUUGGAUACAAAUCUGACCUACUUCGUGUUUUACCACACGACUUGGCUAAUCUUCAGACUUUUCUCUCUGACCAAUUCCUCGCUGGAGGUAGUGACAUCUUGGUGGAUACUUCUGGAGAAAGAAUAUCAACUAUUGGCAAGGACAACUUUCAAUUAGCGGAGUUGGAGUUUACAGAUACAAACAACACCUUGAUAUUGGAAGGUGGUAAGCCUAACAUUGUUCACCUUGCUGAAUCCGCCCCUCUUCCUGCUCAGCGACUCUUUAGUGAGAUUGGACGAUAUGUUGGCAAUGGAAUCACAAGGACUACUUGCAAUUCUUGUAACAAAAAGAAAGACUUCGCCCCGACACUAUUUAUUGUGGUUUACAUUGAAGAACACUAUCCCUUUCUAUCUAACCUGUUGAAAAGUCUACAAGCUAUGAAGUACGAUAAGAGCAGAGUUGAGCUGGUUAUCCUAUCUCUUGUUGAUAGUGACCUUGUUAAUGAAUGGACACCCGAGGGAUUUGAGAAAUUCACUCACUUGGAAGAGGAAUUUGACAGUGAAGAUCACGACUCGAGGCACUACUUUCUCGAGUUGUUCGCUAAGACAGCUGCUGAGUACUUCGUGUUCAUUGACUCGAGUGUACACAUUACUGUGGACACUAUUCCUGAGCUAGUUUCUUAUCAGAAACCAGUUAUAGCUCCGCUCUUGGCACAACGGGACGGAACAGCCUGGUCCAACUUCUGGGGGACCUUCACGGACACUUGGGGGUACAAGAGAUCUGCUGACUAUGCUAAUAUUCUCACCAGAACUGUCCAGGGUGUUAUGCCAGUAGCUUGUGUACGAAAUCUGUAUGUUGUUGAACGAUCUAUAGCCGUUAAAAUGGUGGAAUGGAAUUCAUACGACAAUCAUCUUGAACCAGAUAUCUCGUUCUGCAAAACCCUGUUUGAGAACCGUGUCCCUGUGUUUAUCUCUAAUGUUCACAAUUAUGGGUGGUUAAAGACCAAGGAAGACGGGGCUGAUCUUAAGUUAGCCGGACUAUUUUUGGAGGAUUGGAAAGAAAAAUACGUCAGUUACAAGGUUUUGGAGGCGGAAGCGUUUUCUGAGCCAUGCAAAAAUGUGUUUCUCCAAAAAUCGGCUUUCACCGUGGAGUUUGGACGAGACAUGGUCACAGCUCUGGAUUCUCUACCAGGUUACUCGGGCAAACCGAAAUUCUAUGACAGACCCGGCUACAAUGUUACAAAGUCAGUAUAUAAUGACACGCUCACAUCUGUUAUUCUGGACCUGACUGAGGAUGUUGUUUCUAAACUUUACACUGGUUACAAGCCCAAAGGGGAGCUUUACGACAGUUGGAUAAUUGAGGUUGAGGGUAAAUUCGAGAAGAAGAGACACGUACAUAGAGGGAAUCCUGCUGCUUAUCAUGUUUUAGUGCCUCUUAACGAUUAUCCUGCUGUGGAAGGUGUUGUAACUGGUUAUUUCUUCACGAAACAAAGCUGCUACGUGACGGAUAUAGAAGCUGGAGACCUCCUCAUAUUCCCCGGUUUUAUUACUCACCAGAAAGUUGAGGUUGAGCCGCCCCAAGGAAUGCACCUUUACCUGGAGAUGUCAUUUGAUCCUCCAAAAUAGGUCGUGAUCAUUUCUUUUCAUAUUUUUUAUAGUUUUAUACUGGGGAUUAUUAUAAACAUACUUUUUUACAGUAAAAGGGUUCGUAUUCAUAUUUUAUAUUUUAUACAAUUUUGCUAGCAAACUUUACGUUUUAUUUUUGUACCAAUUAGAGUUUUUUAUUCUCUUCCGUAAAC